AUGAGGCAUUUCAAAAACAAAUUAAAAUAAUCAAAUUUUUAUUAAAACCUAAAUUAUUUGAAAAUUUCAUUCUAAUUAAUUAAUUAAUUUGCUUUGAUAUUUUAAUAGUUCUAUAUAUUCAUAAAUAAUAAUUAUUUGUUAGUAGGAAAAUAAAUAAAUAGCUAAUAAGAUUAACAAAAAAUUUAUAAAAAGCUAAAUUUAAAAAAUAAAUAUUAAUCAAUUUUCUUAAAAUUUAGAAGCGGAUUUUUUAAUUAGUGCGACAAAAUAGCAGCAAAAAAAAGCUAACACAUCAAUAAGAAUAAGGAAGAUAAAUAAAAAGAAACUCAUUCAAAUUAUUUAUUAUAUAGAAAGCAAAAGCAAUAGCAUUAAAAUAGAUAUAGUAUUGAAUUUAUAUAUAUAAAUGGCGAUUCUUCGAUUAUUAUGGUUUUUUAUAAAUAAAUUAUUGUUGGAAAUAAUAAAUUAGAUUUUAAUUAAUUCAAACUAAAUAUUAUCAAAAAAUGGGUGUUAAUAUAGGAGAAUCUACAUUAUAUUAGAAUGGUACAAAGUAAAUAAGUAUAUUUAAAAAAGAAAAUCAAUAAUUUUUUUUAAUUAGUCAAAAUUAUUAAUUUCUGA